AUGACGGACUCAGUGCCCACUGCCCAGCUCGCUAUCUAUGUCGUUCUCACUAUCCCUGUCCUCUACUUGCUCGUCCGUCACUGGCCGACUGGCUUAUUAGGAUGGUUCUAUUUGUUUACCUUUACAACUCUCAGAAUUGUUGGCGGGGCUAUAUCUAUGGGUAGUUCCUCAACAUCCGGAGGCGCAUCUAUCAUAUCUUCUAUUGGAUUAUCUCCUCUUCUCCUCGCUACUUCGGGCAUCCUCCAUGAAGCGAGAGUGUAUCGCGGAUUGAGAAGACCGAAGCUCGAAUGGUGGGUGAUAGGCUUAUUCCAUCUAAUCGUGGCCACGGGCAUUGCUCUGGUUGGUACUAGCGCCUCAGCUUUGGAGCAGGGCUCAAAUGCCACACAGAGCGACUUAGUACUAUUGAAUAUAGGCAUAGCUCUGUUAGCAGCAGCUUGGCUUAUACUCUGUUUCUGGACGGCCACAAGCUUCCUGCCUAGCCAACACAUACAAACGGCUGCAGCACAUGUUGAAGGAACUCUUCUCCUCUAUGCUAUCGCCUUCUCACUCGUGCCGACUGGGAUACGUGUGGUAUACACGGUGGUCGCCCUGGUCAGCCAAAAGCCAUACUUAAACCCCGUUACAAGCUUUCUGGCCAUUCGAGUCAUUCUCAGCUUACUCCCAGAGCUCAGUGUGACCAUUCUGUUUAUCGUUGCUGGCGUACGUUCUAGGAAUGCGGUACGGCAAUACCGAGAGGACUCGCAGCGGAAGCACCACGUCAGGGAGAGGAGACGUGCCGCUUCCGCGGAUUAUUGA